AUGGCCGACGACGACGUGCUGUUCGAGGACGUGUACGAGCUCUGCGAGGUGAUCGGCAAGGGUCCCUUCAGCGUCGUGCGGCGAUGCAUCAACAGGGAGACGGGGCAGCAGUUCGCCGUCAAGAUCGUCGAUGUAGCAAAAUUCACUUCAAGUCCUGGAUUAAGCACAGAAGAUCUGAAGAGAGAAGCCAGUAUUUGUCACAUGCUGAAGCAUCCUCACAUUGUUGAACUCUUGGAGACAUACAGCUCAGAUGGAAUGCUUUAUAUGGUCUUUGAGUUUAUGGAUGGAGCAGACCUCUGUUUUGAAAUUGUGAAGAGAGCAGAUGCUGGAUUUGUCUACAGCGAGGCUGUAGCCAGUCAUUACAUGAGACAGAUACUGGAAGCUCUACGUUACUGUCAUGAUAAUAAUAUAAUUCACAGAGAUGUGAAGCCACACUGUGUACUGCUUGCCUCAAAAGAGAAUUCAGCCCCGGUAAAGCUUGGUGGCUUUGGGGUAGCAAUUCAAUUAGGAGAGUCUGGGCUAGUUGCUGGAGGACGUGUAGGAACACCUCACUUUAUGGCUCCAGAAGUGGUAAAAAGAGAACCAUAUGGGAAGCCUGUAGAUGUUUGGGGUUGUGGUGUGAUCCUGUUUAUCCUGCUAAGUGGUUGUUUGCCUUUUUAUGGAACCAAGGAAAGAUUAUUUGAAGGCAUUAUUAAAGGCAAAUACAAGAUGAAUCCUAGGCAAUGGAGCCAUAUUUCUGAAAGUGCCAAAGAUCUGGUACGCCGCAUGCUUAUGCUGGAUCCAGCAGAAAGGAUAACAGUGUAUGAAGCCCUGAAUCACCCCUGGUUAAAGGAGAGAGAUCGCUAUGCAUACAAGAUUCAUCUUCCAGAAACAGUAGAACAAUUGAGAAAAUUCAAUGCAAGACGAAAACUAAAGGGGGCAGUACUAGCAGCUGUGUCAAGCCACAAAUUCAACUCCUUCUAUGGUGACCCCCCUGAAGAGCUGCCAGACUUCUCUGAAGACCCCACCUCCUCAGGACUUCUAGCAGCAGAAAGAGCAGUCUCACAGGUGCUGGACAGCCUGGAAGAAAUUCAUGCACUUACAGACUGCAGUGAAAAAGACUUAGAUUUUCUUCACAGUGUUUUCCAGGAUCAGCAUCUUCACACGUUACUAGAUCUUUAUGACAAAAUAAACACAAAAUCUUCACCACAAAUCAGGAAUCCUCCAAGUGAUGCUGUACAGAGAGCCAAAGAGGUAUUGGAAGAAAUUUCAUGUUACCCAGAGAACAAUGAUGCAAAGGAGCUAAAGCGUAUUCUAACACAACCUCAUUUCAUGGCCUUACUUCAAACCCAUGAUGUAGUGGCACAUGAAGUUUACAGUGACGAAGCUCUGAGAGUUACUCCUCCUCCCACCUCUCCCUACCUGAACGGGGACUCCCCGGAGAGCGCCAACGGCGACAUGGACAUGGAGAACGUAACGCGGGUCCGCCUGGUGCAGUUCCAGAAGAACACGGAUGAGCCCAUGGGAAUCACUUUAAAAAUGAAUGAGCUGAACCACUGCAUUGUGGCAAGAAUUAUGCACGGAGGAAUGAUUCACCGGCAAGGUACGCUACAUGUAGGGGAUGAAAUCAGAGAGAUAAAUGGAAUCAGUGUGGCAAAUCAAACUGUAGAACAACUACAAAAAAUGCUUAGGGAAAUGCGUGGAAGUAUUACCUUCAAGAUAGUGCCAAGUUACCGCACGCAGUCUUCAUCCUGUGAGAGAGAUUCCCCCUCUACAUCCAGACAGUCCCCCGCUAAUGGUCAUAGCAGCACUAACAAUUCUGUUUCGGACUUGCCAUCGACAACACAACCAAAAGGAAGACAGAUCUAUGUAAGAGCACAAUUUGAAUAUGAUCCAGCAAAGGAUGACCUCAUUCCUUGCAAAGAAGCUGGCAUCAGAUUCCGAGUUGGUGAUAUUAUCCAAAUCAUUAGCAAAGAUGAUCAUAACUGGUGGCAGGGUAAACUUGAGAACUCCAAAAAUGGUACUGCAGGUCUUAUUCCUUCUCCUGAACUUCAGGAAUGGCGAGUUGCUUGUAUUGCCAUGGAGAAGACCAAACAAGAGCAACAGGCCAGCUGUACUUGGUUUGGAAAGAAAAAAAAGCAGUACAAAGACAAAUAUUUGGCAAAGCACAAUGCAGUGUUUGAUCAAUUAGAUCUCGUCACAUAUGAAGAAGUAGUAAAGCUGCCAGCAUUCAAAAGGAAAACACUAGUCCUACUAGGUGCGCACGGUGUCGGGAGAAGACACAUAAAAAACACACUCAUCACAAAACAUCCGGACAGAUUUGCUUACCCCAUUCCUCACACAACCAGACCUCCAAAGAAAGAUGAAGAAAAUGGCAAAAAUUACUACUUUGUAUCACAUGACCAAAUGAUGCAGGAUAUAUCAAACAAUGAAUAUUUGGAAUAUGGCAGCCAUGAGGAUGCAAUGUAUGGGACAAAACUGGAAACAAUACGAAAGAUCCAUGAGCAGGGACUAAUUGCAAUACUUGAUGUAGAACCUCAGGCAUUGAAGGUCCUGAGAACUGCAGAGUUUGCUCCUUUUGUUGUUUUUAUUGCUGCACCUACGAUUACCCCAGGCAUUAAUGAGGACGAAUCCCUUCAGCGCCUGCAGAAGGAAUCCGAAAUCUUACAGAGAACGUAUGCACACUACUUUGACCUAACAAUUAUCAACAAUGAGAUUGAUGAAACCAUCAGGCACCUGGAGGAAGCCAUCGAGCUCGUGUGCACAGCCUCCCAGUGGGUCCCGGUCUCCUGGGUCUACUAGACCGGGAAUGAGAGAAUUGAGGAGAAGAAAAAGAAAAAAAAAAAAAUCUGUCAUUACUGGGAACCACCUCAUACAUGGAAAACCUCUUCGUUAUUGACCUUGUGUCAACAGGUCU